AUGGUGCCUUCACCGGCAUUAGUCGGAACGCCAUCGGUGUUCCCACACCAUCAAUCGACAUCGUUUUUCCAAGAGACUGCCAGCUUUUUCAAUCUCGAUUGGGAUCGACUUUGGCAGUCACGCUCGAAUUCCAACUCAACAACAUCACCACGCAAUUCAUUGUCGCAACUAUCACCACCAAUGGCAGCCACUGCUGCACUUCGACGAAGCUCAGAUUACGGAUCUGCGGACACCGAGUGCGGAGAACCGGAUCGAUCUUGCGAGGGCGAACCACUACCACUUAAUGAAGUUGAUAUGCUGGCAAAGAUGGAGCAAUUAAACAGAUCAAAUGAAGAGGACUCGCGAAGUGUGGCGUCGAAAAAAACCGGAUCCAGUGGUAGCAAAAAAGGCGCACGCGAAUCAACGCCGCCCGAAGAAGACGAAGAAGAUUUAUGGUCCGUCUGGGGUGAGUUGAUUCACAAUUGGGACGUUGAAGUCAAGAAGCGGCCCAACAAUAUCAAAGAGCUUGUAAAGCGCGGAAUACCGCAGCAUUUUCGAAUGAUCGCAUGGCAGAAUUUGUCGAAUGCGUCGGUUACCUCAAUUCAUGACUUGUACAGUGAUUAUAUGAGACAAUCUUCUGUCUAUGAGAAGGUCAUUCAACGUGAUAUUCCACGCACAUAUCCAGAGUUGGAUUUCUUCAGAGAUGGCGGUCGCGGGCAAGCACUGCUUUUUAAUGUCAUUAAGGCCUAUUCCCUUCAUGACAAGGAAGUUGGCUAUUGUCAAGGUAGUGCGUUCAUCGUCGGUCUCUUGCUUCUCCAAAUGCCAGAAGAAGAGGCGUUCGCUGUUCUUAUUCGUCUCAUGGAGAAUUAUCGUCUCCGCGAACUCUACAAACCAACAAUGACCGAUUUGGGAUUGUGCAUGUUCCAACUCGAAUGCUUGGUUCAGGAGCAGAUGCCCGACUUGUACACUCAUUUCAAUAAUAUGGGCUUCGACACUUCAAUGUACGCUUCUUCCUGGUUCCUGACCCUAUUCACCACCACGAUGCCAUUGGACAUUGCCAAUCGGAUAAUGGAUUGUUUCUUUGUUGAAGGAAUGGACUACAUAUUCUGCAUUGCGCUUGCAAUCCUUCAACAGGCGAGAAUUGAAUUAUUGCGCUUGGAUAUGGAGGGAAUGUUGAAGUAUUUCCAACGUGAAAUUCGGGAACGCUAUGAGAACGACGCCGAUUUGCUUUUUGCCGUUGCCAAUCAAGUUCAACUCAAUUCAAAACGAAUGAAAAAGUUGGAAAAGGAGUAUAUGGCCAAAAGAACGAAGGAACAAGAGGAGGCCGUUGAAUUAAGACGUCUUCGCACCGAAAAUCGCCUUCUCCGACAGCGAAUUGACUACCUUGAAGCAGAAUCGUCGGCCCUCGCCGACCGUCUCGUAAAAGGACAGGUUAACCUUGCGCAAGAGGCCGAAAACUGUAUCAACAUUGCACAUGAGUUGAACAAACUGCGCGACAUCAACUCUGAUGUUCAUCGUAAACUAGAAGGAGCAUAUGAGACAAUCAGGGAAUUGUCCAGUGACCGUCAACGCAACCUGGUUGAGACGGGAACCCAGGUCGAUGAUACUUCAAUGAUUGAACACAUUCAUUCUCUCCAGCAAGAGCUCAUUGAAGCUCACACCAGACAAGCUGACAGUGAAAACUCAUUGCGCGAAGCCAAAUUGCGUUUGUCGGAGCUUGAAAUGGCCAACAAGCGUUUGAGAGAGCAUGAGCCAUCCGAAGGAAUUGCUGGUCUCCAGGAAGAGCUGAUUUCCGUGAAAAUGCGAGAAGCAGAAAGCAGCUUGGCACUCAAGGAUAUGAGACAACGAUUAGCCGAUCUUGAGCAGCAUUGGGCGAAAUACGUUCAUGUCCGUGCUUUCGAUCCAAUGUCGGCUUCCAUUGAAAAGGACGCUGCCUCAGCUGAUUCUCAUCAACCAACAUCUCCUCAACAGCCAUCUCCGCCAUUGACAUCAGCUCGUCAACGCCUUGCCAAAAUUACAGCAUCUCUGAUUGGCGGUUCAGUGGAGGAAAAUGACAGCGCGAUAAGCGUCCGCGAACUUGAAGACCAGCUCAUGGGUGUGCGGAUCAAAGAAGCUGAUACCCAAGCUGAGCUCAAGGAGAUGCGGCAGAAGGUGAUGGAGCUUGAGACGCAGAAUCAUGUGUGCACGAAUCAGCUGAAGCGUCAAGACGAAGAAAUGAAACGAGUGAGGGAAGAGCUAGAAGCGUUGGGAAAAAAGAAGAAAGAGGUUGAGCUUGAAUUGAAAGCCGAGAAGGAAAAAAUGGCAAAUCGCGAAAGCGAUCUGAAUGAGCAGCGCAUCAACGAUAGAUUGAGAUAUUCUGAAGCGAUGCAGACGAUUCAAGAGCUUCGUUCGAGCAUUUCGCAGCUUGAACUCAAAAAAGCGGAAAAGUGGACUCAGAAUCAACUCAGAGGAAGCAGUGUAUGCGAUGUUGAUGAUGACUCGAACUCCCACGCUUCGAUUUGUUCCAAUGGCGAUGCGUUGUCGAUGGCUUCAGAUGAAAUGAAUCAACUCAUUGCUGAUAUGGCUGUUCGUGUUCCAGCCCUUCACGAUCUCGUCGAAGAGGGAUCGACAACAGAAACUGAUGAGAAACGCCCAAAGGAAAUGAAUGACGGAAACGACACAACAGAUUCCGGCCUUCAACUUUCCGAUGGACAAUGA